UUCUCUUUAUAUGCUAACCUAAUAAAUUGUUUGAACAAUAAACUAAAGUAGAUUUUCUUAAAGUUAAAUUUUAUAAAUUUAUUACAAGGAAAUAAAUAUUAAUUCAAAGAUGAUUGAUGAAGACAAUACUAAGGAGUACCGGUGGGAAACCGGUUAUGAAAAAACCUGGGAAUCUAUCCAAGAAAAUGAGCACAAAGGUAUUGAUAUCUCUGUGGCGGAAAUUAUACACAAAGCAAAGAGAAAACGUCAGAUUGAAAAAUCUGGAAGAGCUAGACUGGGUAUGAUGAGGCACCUUUAUCUGAUAUUAGAUAUUUCUGAAGGAAUAAAAUCCCCAGAUCUCAAGCCUACUCGUUUAAUUUGUACUGUCAAACUUUUAAAAGAGUUUAUUGAAGAAUUUUUCUACCAAAAUCCCAUUAGUCAACUUGGAAUAAUCGUAACCAAAAAUAAGAGAGCUGAAAAAAUAAGUGAAUUAUCUGGAAAUGUUAAAAAACAUGUCAAAGAAAUAACAGCGUUGUUAAAUUCAACGUCACUUAUUGGAGAGCCAUCGUUACAAAACUCGUUAGAAUUAGCACUCAACUCAUUAAAAAAUUUCCCUUCACACGCAAGUCGUGAGGUGCUUUUAAUUAUGUCUUCAUUAACUACUUGUGAUCCUGGUGACAUUAAUGAGACGAUUAAGAAUUUAAAAGCUGAAGGUAUAAGAUGUAGUGUCAUUGGCUUAGCAGCUGAAAUUCAUAUUUGUAAACAAUUAGCAUUACUGACUGGAGGCGAGCAUGGUGUAAUUUUAGAUGACAAACAUUAUAAAGAUCAAUUAAAUGCACAUGUCGAUCCACCACCAGCAGCAAUGAGACUUGACGCUGCACUAGUUAAAAUGGGAUUUCCUCAUCAAACUCUAUCUUCCGGCACUGACACUUCUAUUAGUGUUUGCAUGUGUCAUGCUGAUGGUACAGAUGAAUCUUCAAAAUUAACUAACGUGGGUUAUCUUUGUCCACAAUGUCUCAGCAAACACUGCGAACUUCCAGUAGAAUGCAAAUCUUGCGGUCUUACGUUAGUUUCAGCUCCGCAUUUAGCUCGAUCUUAUCACUAUCUAUUUCCUGUAAAACAUUUCCAAGAAGUAACAUUCGACGGAAGCACUCCAUUUUGCUAUGGUUGUCAGAAAAAGUUUGACGAUAUUGAUAAAAAGGUGUAUAUCUGUGAAAAGUGCACUCGGACUUUUUGUCUUGAUUGUGAAAUAUUUAUCCACGAGUCAUUGCACACGUGUCCAGGAUGUGCUAGCAAUGCAGAAUGUUCUACGUAAACGACGUUUAUGAGUAAUAAAUUAUUACCAGUAGUGUCAAAUUAAUUGUGUAGGUCAGUAUUAAUACUAAUAAUAAUUGAUGAACUGCGGAUGUUGAUUUAAAAAAUACACAAAGGGCAUUUAAAAAUAAA